GCUCGGGACCGAGGAUCUGCACGAGCACAGGCAGCUGCGUUUGCCAGCAACUCGUAACAGCCUGAAGUGCUGUUAUUGAAGACUUGAUAUCUCGAUGAGUGUCUUGCGGCUGUAGCACUGAACCAGCCUGCAGCAUUUCUGCAUGGCAAAAUAACUGGUCAGUGCAUAAAGAUCAUUCUUAACUAGUGAAAUUUUCAUUUAUCUUAUUUUUUCGUUUGAGGCAGUCGUAGACUAUGGUGCUAGGAAAGGUGAAGAACUUCUUCGUCAGCUAUGACUGUCUCAAUGACAGCAAUGUCCCUGUCUUUGCCAGUGGGGAUUAUGUCUCAGGAAGAGUGAUCAUCGAAGUCACUGGAGAAAUUCGUGUGAAAUCUUUGAACAUUCACGCCAAAGGUCUAGCGAAAGUUCGGUGGACUGAAUCACGCAAUGCUGGAUCCAACACUGCUUAUACACAAAAUUAUACAGAAGAAGUGGAGUAUUUAAACCAUAGAGACGUCUUAAUCGGACAUUACAGAGAUGAUGACAACUGUGAAGAGGGCUCAGAUGUACUUCACUCAGGGCGACACGAGUAUCCCUUCAGCUUUGAACUCCCUCAGAUGCCUCUGGCUACAUCAUUUGAAGGAAAGCAUGGAAGUGUGCGCUACUGGGUAAAGGCUGAACUGCAUAGACCCUGGCUCCUGCCCAUGAAAGUCAAGAAGGAGUUCACUGUCUUCGAGCACAUCGACAUCAACACCCCACUGUUGCUGUCACCCCAGGCUGGCACAAAAGACAAAAUGCUUUGCUGCUGGUUCUGCACCUCAGGGCCUGUUUCACUAAGUGCUAAAAUUGAGAGGAAAGGCUACACUCCAGGAGAAUCCAUCCAGAUCUUUGCUGAGAUUGAGAACUGCUCCUCUCGAGUAGUGGUACCCAAAGCCGCCAUCUACCAAACCCAAACCUUCUAUGCCAAAGGAAAGGUAAAGGAGGUCAAACAGCUCAUUGCUAACCUCCGUGGGGAUUCAUUACCAUCUGGCAAAACUGAGACAUGGGAUGGCAAGUUGCUGAAGAUCCCACCCAUCUCCCCUUCCAUACUGGACUGUGGUAUUAUCCGUGUGGAAUAUUCCCUCAUGGUAUAUGUGGACAUCCCACGUGCUGUGAACUUGACCCUAACUCUGCCCCUAGUGAUUGGUACCAUACCUCUCCACCAUUUUGGUAGUCGUACCUCUUCUGUUAGUAGCCAAUGCAGCAUGGCCAUGAGCUGGCUGAAUAUGGCCAUACCAGAAAGGCCGGAGGCUCCUCCAAGCUACUCAGAAAUAGUGACAAACGAGCAACGGCAGAACAGAACACGAGCUGCCAGCAGGGAUGAACUGGAAGGACCACUGUAUGCUUACAUCCAAGAGUUCCGUUUCCAUCCUCCUCCCCUGUACUCUGAGAUCGACCCCAAUCCAGAGCAGGAGACCAUCACUCAGGACAGAAGGUCUGAUGCUUGUCCCUCUCGAUGAAGGAAGAUCAGAACUUGACCUGGUUUGUCAGGGGUUUUGUAGCUGUCCCACUACUGGGGUUUGAUCUUCCUCCAUAAAGAGACUUGGAGAACCAGACUAAUUUGCACUGUAGAAGUUUGGCUUCAAGGAGAUGUGGCAGAGUGUGGAGGUUGUCCUCCUGAUCAGAUCAAGCCCAAUGACCUAUUACAAGUUCUGAAGGUCUCAAGCGAUCUUCUUGUCUAUCCAUGGUUUUGGAUCAUCGACAGAGUUUGGAAAAUCAAGAUGAACUGAAAAUAAUCCAAGAGUGCUCAAAAUCAGUGCCCCAAAAUAUUAGGCCCUGAUCCUCCCUUUUUGCUCUUUGAGAUAUAUUACCAAUCAGCAUGAUAAUGUAUUGUGCCCAUAUAUGCUGAAACAAGAUUACUGGCUUUAUAUGUCAUAAUUCCAUUACUAAAAGUUAUGAAUAAUGCUGUACAGAAACAAAGGCAUAACUGUAGAGUAUUAAUUGAUGCUUUAUGGGUCUUCUCAAUGGCAAGGUGGAUAGGUUGCUUUAAUGUCAUUCUGUUUUCAGUUUUCAAAUACUGGUGGUGAGGUGAACCUGACAAAGCCGGCAGUAUGUGGUGAGAUUGGUUAGCACAAAACAUGCAGGUAACAUGAGUGGAUCAUCUACUGGCUGUGGAGGGCUUACAUUCAGGUGGUCUUUUAGUCUCUCUGUCAUACAACUGCAAUAUUUGAAGUGGUGAGAAAAAGAUCACCAGAAAAGACUGAAGAAUCCAUGCAGAUAUGUGAGGCAUUACAUUCCUUUUUGGUUCCCCCCCAAGUCAGUGGAGCUGGCAAUCAGCACCCCAGACCUCUUUUGUCAAUUUAACUUAUAACAAUUUAAAUGAGUGUCACAUUUGUUUUCAAACUCAUUUAAUUUUGAUGGCCUGUUUUAGUAUGAUUGGCCUAAUUACAAGUAGCACUUUUCAGUGAAUGACAAUUGAGGUUUAAAGAGCAAAGCAACAUAAUCGAUUUUAAUAAAUUAGCAGUUAUGAUGGUGGAAAAAGCAGAAAAAAGAAGUUGGACAAAUUGUAUGCAAAGACGUUUACAGAUGUACUGCAUAUGAGGGAUGAGGGAACUCCCAAUGAGGGAACUCCCAAUGCUUAUUUAUUCUGAGUGAUAGAACAUAGUUCUGUGGCCUUGGUAAAAAUGAUCAACAUUCAUUUUGUUAUAGCAGUUUUCAUGAUAUUUCCACAUUUAUUUUCAUACACUGUGUGCUUGUAUUUACCUGGUUGAGAAGGGAAUGUUAUGCGGUGUUAAAUGUACACCAAAAUGAGUGUCCUUUAUUUUGCAGUUGUGUUUGAUCAAGAUGAGUUAGUGUUCAGUUGCAUAAGUAUUGCUCCUUGUUUCCGAAUUCUUUUAAAUGUACUUCCAGGUAAUUACAAUCCGCUGAAAGAUGGUGUUGAAGUAAGAUAUGCAUUUCAGUUUGGCAGGUCCAUAGCUAUCGAUUCUGACUUCCAUCUCCAUGUUACCUUAUGUUGGAUUUCACAGACUGAGGGGUCUGAACUAACUGAAGCUUCUCCUAAAGUUAGAUAAAAGGUGCAAUAUAUUUUUGUUUGUUUGUGUCUUUUUACAGUUUUGUAUCUUGGCAUGUUGCUCACUUUUGUAUCAUGAUUUUGUAGAAUAUGUAUAUUAUGCCACAGUGAAUGUUUGUUAUUUGUUGUCUUCAACAGAUAAAUAAAUAAGGUGUUUUCUACAAAAAA